CGUCGUGUUGAUGGUUUUGUUCGCAGUAAACAGCCUAUCCUUGCUCGCUGGCGGUUUCCGGGUGGACGUACGAUUGGCGCAAUAUGGUGGCCACUGAUAACGGCAGCUGCUAUCGGUGAUUUCGGUGCAAUUUGGUGGAAACGAAUCGUGAAGUAAGUGAAUUGCAAUCCCAACGUCUUCCAUAACGCAGGCCGUCGUUAACUCCGUCGUGCCGUGGUGUCGUGUUGGCGGCGGCACCACCGGUUUGUGCGCGUUCCUUUCUAAUUCAUUCUGACCUUUGCCGACAAAAGGCAAGCGAAUCGGAGGAGAUUUGGCGAAUAGGUGCUGCUACCAACGGUGCGGGUACCCCGGGCACUUGGGAUAGUAUUCGCGAGGCGAGUGUGCCGUUCCGUGUGUGGCAAGACGAGCAUUUUGUUUGCAUAUCACUCGCGGCAAUCGGCAGGAUCGUGAUAACGGGCGCACCGUAGUAAUCUCGGUUUACAGUGUUCCUUUCGUUCGCGGAGCGUCGACGGUGGAGUGCUCUCGUUUAAGAUUGAUCAAACUUCCCGAGAGACAAUCUUCCGGCCCGGAGAUUCAUCCUAGCAACCCAGUGCUGUUUUUGGAGGAACCGUCAUUGAGACAGUCAGCUCAUCGCAAGCAGCUUCGACGGGGAGCGAGCCAGGAAGCGUUAGCUCUCAACACGCCGAAAGGAAACCCCCGUUAGAGAACGAAAAGUGACACUGUGAAAGUGGGUGGAUCCGGAGAAGUUUUCGCAAAAACUUGUGCGGCCCGUCGGUACGAUUUGGAACGCGUCCAGAGCGUUGACUUGUGAUGGCUACACACAUGGACCACUCCGAGCAUCACGAUUACUCGCGAUUUGCCAAUAUGUCCGGCUCGGGGACGGGGGCUGGCCAUAGCGGCCACGCUGUCGAUCACAGUGCGCACGAUCACCCGAUGGCAGCGCCCGGUGGCCACGGUGGCCACGGUGAUCAUCACGGGCACGGCGGUGCCAGCGGCGACGGUGUCUCCGGAAUGGUUCACCACAUGAUGUCGAUGUCGUUCCACGGUGGCUACGAUGAGACGAUCUUGUUCGAGCAGUGGAAAAUCGAUAGUCUCGGCGGGCUGCUGUGGUCAAUGCUGGCCAUCUUCGUAAUGGCCGCCCUGUACGAGGGGCUCAAGUACUACCGGGAGCAUCUAUUCUGGCGGACGUACAAUGCCCUCCAGUAUCGGCCUGUGACGGUGACGGAAAAGAGCAACGGCAACGGUGUGUCGGGAGCAUCCGGCGUCGAACGGGGCGGUGGUUCAGCGGACGGACUGAGCGUCCUGCCGUCGGCGAGUGGUGUUGGUGGCGGUGGCAGUGUGCUGAACGAGGACAGCACCCGCGUCGUGCAUAUGGUCGGUGAAGUGAUCCACAGGCAACCGCCGACGAUGCUGUCAUUUAUGCAUCUGUACCAAACGCUACUGCACAUCGUGCAGGUCACGCUGAGCUUCCUCCUGAUGCUGAUCUUUAUGACGUACAACACGUGGCUCUGUCUGGCGGUGGUGCUCGGAGCCGCCCUUGGCUACUUCCUGUUCGGUUGGAAGAAAUCAGUCAUCGUGGACGUCACCGAACACUGUCAUUAAAGUACGCGUAAACAAGGAAACGCGUGUCCUUCGUUCAGAGUCCCUACGGCUUAUCGGCUAGACCUGUUGCACGGGACAUCGACCCGUUAUUGUUAGGCGACCCGCUCAGUCGACACGGUUAGCCCCCGGCGGAAUAGGGAUUGUGUCGGGUGAUAAGAUGAUAGAUCGUUAGGUUUUCACCGUGCAAUGUAGAGCACAGAGCGAGCCCACAGCGUGCAGAAUGGUUUAUGAAUCUGCACGGUGAUUAGAGUAAACUAAAAUGCGCGGAAUAAUGACAUGGAAACACUUGAUUCGGCCGAGUCCACCACUUCCGAAUGCCCACGAACAAGGCGACGCGGGAGCGCAACAGCCGUAAGCCACGUUCUGCACCUAUCAUCGAGUACUGUGUGACCGCAAAACGUGCGGCCUCAAACGAUGUGAUUUGCUAUGCUCAACAAAGAGAAAAUGUAUAGCAAAAAUAUUAUGGUUUCUCGUUUUCGGUUGCGACAAGAAUAGUAAAAAAAAACAUUUUGUAAAUACAUAAUCGAAACAAGGCUGCAGCGUGUUGUGGGCCAACUGUAGAGGUCUGAACGGUCAUCGUGAUGAUCGAGCGGAAGGAAGCAACAGAUAGGAGCAACGGCAUGAAACACAUGCACACAGAACCUAGUAUAUUUGAGCUUUUUAUCGUACAAGUACGAGAGAACGGAAUGUGUAAAUCAUAUUUAGGAGGAAUUGAAUUGUAGCUUUUGAUGGUUGGUUCACUAGAUGUUUCAAACAUAGAUGGAAAGUGAAACCGUCACUCUAAAGACACCCGUUGGUCCGGGCUCAUUACUGUGGACUGUACGUGGUGACCGUUGUAACUAUUUGCAGUCCCAUCCUAACCCAUCCUGGGCCCCUACGCUCUCGGGCUAUUGUUUUUCAGCAGCGCAGCGUUUCGCUUUUUCGAUUAUGAUUUCAUCAGCAACUGAUUCGCCCUUUUUGUCCGUUGAAAAUCUUAUUUGGAUAAAACAUUUAAUAACAACAUAUUCGUGAACAAAUCAGAAAACCCGAAAACCCAUUUAGGAACUGAUGUGGAGUGCUGAGAGUGGCAUAGGAAUAGAAUUUCGGAUCAAGCUAAAGUUAGUUAGGGUUAUUAUAUCGAAUGUUCCGUCGCGAAUGAGAAGAUCGCUCCGUUUCGGACGAUCGCUUGUCUGCCGCGUGAAAAUGAUGUGCUCUUGUUUUGCUACGCUCAACUUAUUGGUCAUUUUUGUCUCGUAUGUUUCAUUUUCGCUUUUGUUUUCACCUAUACCCGUUACCCAUUUAUCUCCUAGAUUAGAUUGUUAGAUUUUAACGAAACGAUAGUGAUUUAUUCUCUUUUUUUAUACAAAAUAAAACGAAAAGCGUACUAUAUACACA